AUGUCUGUACAAGUUGAGCACCCUGCGGCUGGUUAUAAGAAGCUGUUUGAAACUGUGGAGGAACUGUCCACACCACUCACAGCUCAUGUCACAGGCAGGAUACCCCUCUGGCUCACUGGCAGCCUCCUUCGAUGUGGGCCAGGACUCUUUGAAGUUGGAUCUGAACCAUUUUACCACCUGUUUGAUGGCCAAGCCCUCCUGCACAAGUUUGACUUUAAGGAAGGACAUGUCACAUACCAUAGAAGGUUCAUCCGCACUGAUGCUUAUGUCCGGGCAAUGACUGAGAAAAGGAUCGUCAUCACUGAAUUUGGCACCUGUGCUUUCCCAGAUCCAUGCAAGAAUAUAUUUUCCAGGUUUUUUUCUUACUUUAGAGGAGUAGAAGUGACGGACAAUGCCCUUGUAAAUAUCUACCCAGUGGGAGAAGAUUACUAUGCCUGCACAGAGACCAACUUCAUUACAAAGAUUAAUCCAGAAACCUUGGAGACAAUUAAGCAGGUUGAUCUUUGUAAGUAUGUCUCAGUCAAUGGAGCCACUGCUCAUCCCCACAUUGAAAGUGAUGGGACUGUUUACAACAUUGGUAAUUGCUUUGGGAAAAAUUUUUCAAUUGCUUAUAAUAUAGUAAAGAUCCCUCCACUACAAGCAGACAAGGAAGAUCCAAUAAGCAAGUCGGAGGUCGUUGUACAGUUCCCCUGCAGUGACCGAUUCAAGCCAUCUUAUGUCCAUAGUUUUGGUCUGACUUCCAACUACAUUGUUUUUGUGGAGACACCUGUCAAAAUUAACCUGUUCAAGUUUCUGUCAUCCUGGAGUCUUUGGGGAGCCAACUACAUGGACUGUUUUGAGUCCAAUGAAACCAUGGGGGUUUGGAUUCACAUUGCUCACAAAAGACAAAGGAAGUACCUCAAUAAUAAAUACAGGACCUCUUCUUUCAAUUUGUUCCACCAUAUUAACACUUACGAAGAUGAUGGUUUUCUCAUUGUGGAUCUCUGCUGCUGGAAAGGAUUUGAAUUUGUUUAUAAUUACUUAUAUUUAGCCAACUUACGUGAGAAUUGGGAAGAGGUGAAAAGAAAUGCAAGAAAGGCUCCUCAACCUGAAGUUAGGAGAUACGUCCUUCCUUUGAACAUUGACAAGGCUGACACAGGCAAGAAUUUAGUGACACUUCCCAACACAACUGCCACAGCCAUUCUAUGCAGUGAUGAGACCAUCUGGCUGGAGCCCGAGGUCCUCUUUUCAGGGCCCCGUCAAGCAUUUGAGUUUCCACAAAUCAAUUACCAGAAGUAUGGAGGGAAACCUUACACCUAUGCAUAUGGACUUGGCUUGAAUCACUUCGUUCCAGACAGGCUCUGUAAACUGAAUGUCAAAACUAAAGAAACAUGGGUAUGGCAAGAGCCAAAUUCAUAUCCCUCAGAACCCAUCUUUGUUUCUCACCCAGAUGCCCUGGAGGAAGAUGAUGGUGUAGUGUUAAGUGUGGUGGUGAGCCCUGGGGCAGGACAAAAACCUGCAUAUCUCCUGAUUUUGAAUGCCAAGGACUUGAGUGAAAUUGCCAGGGCUGAAGUGGAAAUUAAUAUCCCUGUCACCUUUCAUGGACUGUUCAAAAAGCCCUGAGCAUAUUCAAGUGAGAU